GAUACAUGUGUGCUUAGUCGUCCAAGAUGGCCAAGUAGAUCAUUGAUAUUAGGAAACAAUUAGAGCAAGGAAUAUUCGAAGAUCAUGGAAGAAACACUGUAGAAAUGUGGACGAACAGCAGGUGACGGAUUGCAUGGACUCAUGCUGGUCAAGUUGAGAGGUGGUCCGGUCAUAGGCGAUAUCGGCGGCAAUGGGAUAUAAAUUAUAGAGCUUCUCGACAAGAAAAGCCAAUAAUCACUUGGCCAGUAUCAUUGAAUGCCGAGUCCUACAAUACUCUACGAACCCCAUACCUAAUCUGCCUACCCAGUUAUCAGCCAUGAUGCCAAGCACAACGAAAGACGAGGUCAUCAGCUACGACAUCAACGUCCCGUACAAGAUCACUGAUGACACCCGGACCAAGGUCAAGUACCCUGAGUACAUGCCCAGCUGGGACAAGGUGUGGUUCGAUCCUCUUCCGCCCUUUGAAUUCCAGGAUCCCGCUCUCCGGGUGAAAGACACCUCUCUUCCCGAGCUCCACAAGGCCGGGCUUAAGAUCACGAACAUCACGCCAAAGCUCGGGAGCUACAUCUCGGGGAUCCAGCUCAACCAGCUCGAUGCCGCCGCGAAGGGCGAGCUAGCGUGGCUCGUCUCCGAACGUAAGGUCCUCGCCUUCCACGACCAGGACCUUAUCGACGACGGGCCGGCCGCGCAGCAGGCGUUCAUGAACCACUACGGGAAGCCGAACUACCAGCCCGUAUCCGGGAGCAUCAAAGGCCACCCGGGGUUCCACAUCAUCCAGAGAGACGGCAACCAGGCCGAGCUGGCCAGGUUCCUGGACCAGAAGACUACCACGACGCUCUGGCACCAGGACGUCAGUUACGAGAUCCAGCCCCCGGGCUACGUCAUGCUCGGGUUCCUCCAGGGCCCGGAUAACGGGGGCGAUACCGUCUUCGCGUCGACGGAUACUGCGUAUAAGCGACUCUCGCCAGCAAUGCAAGCGCUCGUCGACAGACUGCAAGCGGUGCACACCUCAUCCAAGAUGAUCGCACACACGCGACUAGCAGGAGGCCUGGUCCGGAAAGAUCCGGUCGAUACCGUGCAUCCGCUCGUCAGAGUGCACCCGGUCACAGGGGAAAAGUGUCUCUUCGUCAACGCCGAGUUCAUCUCUCGGAUCGUCGGGCUCAAGGAGACGGAGCAGAAAAUGCUGCUCGAUUUCCUCAUGCAGCAUAUCGUGUCAGGGCACGAUUACCAGGCGCGCGUCAGCUGGGCCCCGCGGUCGGUCGUGAUUUUCGAUAAUAGGUCGACUUGCCAUACUGCCGUGGUAGAUUAUGUGGAAGACGGAGAAAACUCCCAGGUGAGACAUCUAUUCCGGCUCGCGGCGAUGGCAGAGAAGCCUAUUCCGGUCUCUUCGUAGGGGAAGUUGUGCUGGCGCCGGGAGGGCAUUGCGUUAGAAUUCGGUGGCAGGAUAUGCAGAUGUCGCGUUAGGUGGAUGAACAGAAGCAUCUGCCUAGAUAUGUAGGUAUCUACCCUCGUUUAUGGAAGCUCUAAACUGUCGUAUGCGUUUAAUCAAUAGAUUUCUUGCAUAUUCUUAAAGGCCGUCUUCGUGAUCGUCUAAAACUGCACGUGUCCAGUUUGAGCCUCAACAUCUACCUAGGUGGACUUACGAUGCAUCUGGUUGUUGUGCCGUACGUCUACCUACUAGCUAUGGCAGCCAUAUGUGUUCUCCGUAUGUCUGAUUGGCCAUGAC